AUGCCACCUAAAGUAACAGAGAUUACUGUACAGAUUAUGCCGACUGAAGCUGUAGAAUGGUUACCACCAUAUCAUUCUCCAGAGGAAUCUGAACCAAGAAUUGUGUCACCACCUCCAGUUAAAUCUCCACCACGAGUUGAGUCUCCUCCAGUUAAAUCUCCACCACGAGUUGAGUCUCCUCCAGUUAAAUCUCCACCACCAGCAGUGUCUCCUCCAGUUAAAUCCCCACCUCCAGUUGAGUCUCCUCCAGUUAAAUCCCCACCUCCAGUUGAGUCUCCUCCAGUUAAAUCCCCACCUCCAGUUGAGUCUCCUCCAGUUAAAUCUCCACCUCCAGUGGUGUCACCUCCAGUAGAAGCUCCUUCAGUUAAAUCUCCACCUCCAGUAGAGUCUCCAGUUAAAUCUCCACCUCCAGUAGAGCCUCCAGUUAAACCUGCAUCUCCAGUAGAGUCUCCAAAAGUAGUUAAAUCCCCACCUACAACUAUAGUUGUGACUCCACCUCCACCUCCACCUGAAUCUCCAGCUGAGCCUGAGCCUCCUGUUGAGUCUCCGCCUCCAGCUGAGCCUGCUCCUCCUGUUGAGUCUCCGCCUCCAGCUGAGCCUGCUCCUCUUGUUGAGCCUCCGCCUCCAGCUGAACCUGCUCCUCCUGUUGAGCCUCCCCCUCCAGCUGAACCUGCUCCUCCAGCUGAGCCUGCACCUUCUGUCGAGUCUCCACCUCCAGCUAAGCCUGUGCCUCCUGUUGAGUCUCCACCUCCAGCUGAGCCUGCACCACCUGUUGAGUCUCCAUCUCCAGCUGAGCCUGUAACUACUGCUCCCACUGAGCUUCUAGCUUCUGAUCAAUUACCACCUGAAAUUCAAGAACCAAUUGAUAAAACUUCUCAGCUGGCUGAAGAAAUUCCACCCCCUGUACAAACUGAAAAGUCAGAAUUAACUCCACCUGCAGAUGAUAUGGCUCAGCUAUCUGACACAACUAUAUCAUCUGAAGAAACCUUAGAUCUACCACCAGAACAGCUGAAAAAAGAUGUAGGCACUGAUCCUGUUUCCAAGGUAAAUGCCUGCACACAGCUCCAUGCAGACACUUUUAAGUUUGACAAAUCUACUGAAACAACAUUUAACAAUCUUCUGGAGGAAGACAGCUUAUCAAUAAUUACCAGUUAUGAAAAUUCUGUUUUGUGGAGACGCACCUCAAUAUUUCCAUGA